AUGCGCUGCCACGCUCUCCCCUGCGUGCCCUGCCUGCAGUCUGUGUCGUCACUGCUGCCCUCGUGGCACGCACAGCAGCAGCAGCAGCAGCAGCACCCCGCUGGCAUGGGCAGCAUCGGUGCAGGGGUGAAUGCAGGCGUGGGCGGAGGGGCGAGAGAUGGCGAUGCGAGGGAGCAGGUGGAGAGAAUGGAGGGCAUGGGGGCAGGCGAGGCGAGGGGGGUGCAGGGCGAGGAGGGCGUGGGUGCAGGGGAUGUGGCAAUGCAGCAUGGGGAUGCAGGGUGGGGUGCUGCUGAGGGGGGGCACAUGGCGCAGUGGAGUUGGUUUAGCCCAGAGGCCAAUGCAGGGCAGCAUGGCAUGCCGUCUCAUCUCAACCACUGCCCUCCUCUGCUGCUCAUUGACUCGUCUCAAAUCAUCUCUCACACGGUAUUUCCUCCCUCGUCCCUCGUCCCCGCCCUGCAUGGGCAUAACAGCAUCGGGGCGUUCUACUGGUUGGACCGGGCUGUUCCUCCGGCCCACGCACCAAGGUAUGCAUGCCGCUGCGUUGCCUCCACCUACCUGCUCACGCCAUGCCCUUGCGCACCUGCACCCCUCUCUCCUGCUGCUGGCACAUCCCUCACUCCUCAAACCCAGCCUGCAUCCCAUGUGGCUGCCUGCAGUCUCAAACAGUCGCACCAGGCACCUAUUGCUCACAUGCUGUCUCAAGCCGGCUCUUUGUCUCCUCCGCGUCGCCCUCUCGCCCUCAUCCCCUCCUUCCCUUCGUCCUUUCUCCCCAGCGACCAUGGAGGCAAGCUGCUGACGUGGGUGACAGCUGCAGAGGUGGCAGCACGGGAGUUACAGCAGCUGUCACAGUCGCACGGGGUGGCUGUGGUUGCUGCCCGCACUGCCAUCUUUGGUGCUCGCUCUCUGCCCCCUGCUGCUACUGCCACUGCAGCACGUGACCCAUCCAAUGUGCCAGGCGAGGCUGCUGCUGCCCCCGUGGUGCCAGUGCAUGUGCCCCCACGCGAGUACAUGCCUGCUGCAUGGCAGGUGCGCGGGGGUUGGGGGGGAUGGGAAGAGCUGUGCACGGUGUGCGCAACAUGCGCCACCACAGCUCUUCUCCGCAUGCUGGAUGUGCCCAUCGCAAGCAGCACAUGCGCACCUGCCCGCGCAUGCCCGCCAGGGGAGCAGAGUGCCUGUGUGCGGCCACAGGGAGCACGCUGCUGCAGACGUGCCCCCCACACACCCUGCCUGCACGCUCUUCCAUAUCACUCAGGCAAGGCCCACACAUAA